UGUCACCAAAGCAGAGAGGUUCUUUUUCUCCUGCGGUGGUAUGGUAUUUGCUGAAGUCUCUCCACUCUCAUGGAAAUACAAUGGUCACUGAAAAAGCAGGUUGUUGUUCCAGGCUGUGUCCAUCUGCCAGAAUCCUGCAACUGGCCCAGCAUAAAGACUCCAAAACCGAGUGGGUCACCACACCUUGGAAGCUAACAUGGGGGAACCAGGAUUCAAUAUGGCCGCUGUCACAUGCUGCAUUGAGUGCCGUGCCUACAGAGAGGACUCUGCACCUGGCAGAACACAAGAGACACUUCUCUGUGUGGGACGAACAGCCGAGUCGGAAAGCACAGGAUGGGCUUUGCUUGACAAAGGGCUCAUGGCCCUUCCCCGGGACGAUCCAGUAUGAGACCCUCGUCCGGUUGUCCGCUCCCAAAUACAGAUCCCGUAGACCCCGGGAGGUCAGGCCUCCCCACACGCAACGGUGCGAUCGCGAAUGUCCCAUCUGGCACUACGAAGUGAGCACACCGGCCCGCCUCCUCUCGCCCCGUCUCCUCCAGCUGGCCCGCCCCAAAGAGACCCACCCCAGCUUCAGAGGCAACCGGGAGUCGGUGGAGACGGUCAUCUCUGAGACUGCUAAGUUGGCUCAUUCCACCCCCAGGCUUGACCUACUCUCCAUGCCCAAGAUGAGGGAGGAGAGUCACCUGUCCUUUCCUCUGAGACACCUGGAGGACCCCAUUCGCCCUGUUUCCAAACAUGCCAAAAGGGCCGUGGCGUCCCCUCGAGUCAAGAGCCUGGCGGUACCCAAAGCGGUCGUUAAGGAUUACCUCCCAAACCGAGAUCCAGUGUGGUCUCCUCCCAGAAGCCUGUGGACAGGAGGCUCAAAGAGGAGAGACAAGUCAGCUUAACCUGUAGCUGUUAUAGCAGAAUAAAACAGGGUACUGUGCAAAGCCCCUCAUCCCCAAGAAGACUUACUUGGUUUCUUUUUUGUAUGAUUUUGAGGGGUAUUACAGCAGUGAGUCCCUAACCCUGGUCCUGGAGAGCUUCAAGGUUUGCUGCUUUAGUUGUUACUCAGCACCUGAUUCACCAAUUCACGUGGUUAAUGCACCUCACCUGGUUUGUUGGGCCUGACCUGGGUGUGAAAUUCCUGGUGAGGAACCAGCAACACCAGGGGGGGUGACCGGGGAAGGACAUGCAAACUCCACACAUGCGGCCGGGGCUUGAAGCCAGCACCUGCUUCUUGUGAGACAACAACGCUAACCACUGCCUCUGUGUCGUCCAAUAUUCCCCAGCUGUUGAACUCUACUCCCUGUGUCUGUAAUGCUGAGCAUUGCGUGGGGGUUAGAGCUCAAUGAGAGAACACAGCAGGAGGUCCUGCCUUUAUAUUUAACAACACUUUGUUCUGUUAUUCUCUAAUAUCCACCAUCACACCAAUGGGAUCUUUUCCCCCUGACUAAGGACAAUUGUGAGAACAUAAUUGGUGUACUUAUGUGUAAAAUUAGUGAAAUAAUUUCUUGCUUUGUAAAUAAUUAGCUAAAACAAAUUGCUAAUGUUUAGUCAAACUUUAAUGAAUGUUGGAAAAGGUUCUGUAGAGGAGAAGGGUUGCCAAUUGCAGAAAUUCCUCAUAAAAUAUGAAUGUGUGCAGUGUUUUAUCUGAGCCCUUCACAACAGUCCAUAGGCCACUCUUAAACUUGCAUGAAAUGUUCCCAUCCUGGAAACUGUGAUGAGAUCCAUAACAUUACUUACGAGGAUCCUCCAAACAUUACUUGCAUUUCUCAACAUUAGACUAAACAUGAAUGGUUGUUAAUUGUUUAUAUUAUAGUUAUUAAUGCUUUAUUAUGAAUAAAAUAAAUAAUUUUACAUGUUA